CUUGAACGUUCACUAGAAAACUUGAUUUUGGACUUCGUAUUGACAUUUUCAUUCAUUCUCUCUCUGUAAGAUUUUUCCAACAUCUGCCUCUUAAAAUAAUAAUUUACUUUUGUUGGCUUGAUUAUUUACACAUUGCAGAUUUAUUACAAACCUAUGAAUCAUUGUUUUAAAACGUUGCACGGCAAGAUAAGCCAUGGCUGUUCCUUUAUUGGCAAAAAAAAAGUUUCCAGAGUUUGCAAAGUCAAUGACAGUGUUGUAGUCAUUUUCAGAUUCUUUCAAAAGUUCCUCAGGUUUUGUUUUGUUGUUUUAGAACCCAAAUAGUUGCUUGAAAUUGUCAGAAAACAUAUAUUUGCUUUGUAUUUUCUCCCAUUUGACGGAUUCUCUUGCAGACUUUCACAGUUCUUUCCUCAGCUUGUCUUUUUUUCAGUAAAUUGCAUCAGUUUUAUUAGUUUAUCCAUUCCAACAGUACAUAACGUCAUAUGUUUACUGCAACAUCAGGUUAUAAUUUGAGGAUGUUUGUGUUUUUACUUGAACUGAUAGAUAGCAUGUUCAUCUGGUGGCUGGAACGGCUUUAUGUCGCCUUGUUUUAUUAAAAACUUGAAAACAGAUUUCAUCUGACAGCAUCAAUCUGUUGCUCAGACUUGGCUUUCCAUUGCAUUUUACUCUAGUGAUGUAACAGCUUUUAAGUGUUUACUCAUCACUGUUGUUUAUGGCCAUCAGGGGAAAAUAAACAGUUUGCUUUAGUGGGACCAGAGCAAGGAAAUUAGGACUUAAUCAGGAAAUAAGGGCUGGAUGUCUUGUUCUCAGAAGGAAAUGUCAUUUUGCGGAGAUCUUAUCAAUCCUUUCUCUACAUCACUCAUGUUUAAAUUUUCUGUUCUGUAUAUUCGUGUAUAAUAAUAGUCAGGGUUGGUCAGAGUAAAAGUGUUUUUCCCUAAAAGUCAACCCUCUGUGACUUCUGCACUGCAGGUUACUAGUUUCCGCUACAGGACAGUGAGAAAGAAAGAUUCAAGACAAAACAAAUUUUAGAGUGUGUCGAAAUACUGCUCUUCCAUGAUGCAGUACUGCUAAUGUUUGGCAUGUUUUAGCAUGCUGCCUCUGAGUUUGAUCUGUCGGCCACAGGAUCUAAUGUGAAUAUUUUAGAGACUGCGUCAGGGUGGAAGCCAUCCUCUAGUUGUGGAAACACCUCUUGUACAAUUGGUGAACAGUAUUUUGUAAUGUUUAUCUUCAGCAAUGGCAGAUUAUAUUCUCCAGACCAUCACUAUCUUUGUCUUAGACAAGUAGGUGUUCUCAUAAAUCCAACAAUCAGGCCUUCAUCUAAUCUGAAUAAAGUGUUCAGUGAAAGAUUAAAAUCACCAACACAGUAUUUAGUUAAUGGAAUUUCUAUUACCUCUCUUUCCUCUUUUACGAUUUCUUUUCAUUGUUCACAGUUUGAAAAUGUCUCUAUGAAGAGGAAGUUCUUGUUUCACCGCAUGUUCCUGUAACCGUGUAGACACAUCAUGUGAAGACGGUUUUAUCAAAAGCUGUUAAAAAACGCCCUUGAAGCCAGUUGUUAAAGACUGCAAUAAAUAUUUUCAGGAAGUUUUCAAAAGACAAGUCUGACGUCAGGUUUGAGUCUCAAACCUUUUCUGAAGACAUCAGGAUCAAAUCUCCUUCCAGCAUGAACAACUCCAAUCAUUCUGUCAAUGCUUCCAAUGACGGUAACUUAAAAAUCAUCGAAAGUAACAGCGUCGUGAGCAAUGACUUCUCCACGGCCGUGGGUACCCUCAUCCUCAGCUUGGUCUUCCUCCUGGGCGUCCCUGGCAACCUCUUCAUCGUCUGGAGCAUCCUGGCUCGCAUCCGACGACGCUCGGUCACAACCCUCCUCAUCCUCAACCUGGCGUGUGCCGAUGGCUGCCUCAUGGCCCUCACCAUCUUCUUCAUUAUCUACCUGGCCAUGCAGACGUGGGUCUUUGGUGACGCCAUGUGCAAAGUCUUGUUCUACUUGUGCAACACCAACAUGUACGCCUCCAUCUUUCUGAUCACACUGAUGAGCGUGCACAGGUGCGUGGUUGUGAUGUUGCCGAGGAAAAUGUCCUCCCGGAUCACCGAGAAGAUCGUGAGGAGGGUGAUCGCAGGAACGUGGGUGUUGGUGAUGGUCAUUUCUAUCCCCUCACUGGUGUUUCGGGACGUCAGAGAGGACACAGACGACAAGAAUAAAUUAAGACUGGUGUGCGUGCCUAAUCACACACUGCCUCGACAUGUGAGGUUUCAGUAUGCCUUUGAGACGGUGGCGGGAUUCAUUCUCCCUUAUGCCAUCAUCAUAACGUGCUACGUCCUCAUCCUGAGACGCCUGAGGCAGACCAAGUUCCAGCGAAAGGUCCGCAGCGAGAAACUCAUCCUGGCUAUUGUGGUGAUGUUUGGUCUUUUCUGGCUGCCGUACCAUGUUAUCAACAUGAUGCAGGUGGCAGCUGAGUGGUGCGAGAUGGGUUCACCCACAAGAAAAUUAUUGGAUAAAAUCACUAAAUCCAGUCGGGCAGUGACUUCGGCUUUUGCCUUCAUCAGCAGCUGUGCCAACCCCGUCCUCUACACCUUCGCUGGGAAGUCCUACAUCAAGCAGAAUGGCUUCGCCUUCAUGGCCCGGCUCUUUGAGGGCACGUCAUUGGACCAAACAGGAACCAAAAAGAGUAAAGACACUGUGGGACUCAAUACUGUUGAAUCUGUAAAUGACUCAGGAGCAGGAAGUAAUGUUUUUAAAACAAUGGGAGAUGAGCAUUGAAUGAACUUUAUGCAGGAAUGAAAGCACAGCAUUUUGUUUUGUAGAUUGUGUUGAAACAAGUUCAACUGAAAUUUUGUUUGUACCCGUCCGUUAAAUCAGAACUGUAAAUACAUUUACAUUUUAUUGUUUUGUCAUUUACAGAAAAUAAUUUAGGAAAACCAACUAACUACAGUACAAGUACAGAGUGUACUUGGGGAGCAACUUGUUUGAAAAGAAAAAAAAAAAAAAGUUUUACAGCCAACACUUCAUAAAAAUAUUAAUUUGAUUUCUAACAGACAACUGAGCAAAUUGUUCAUUACAAAUAUGUAUUGAAUCAUAAACACCCCGAAUAGAUACAUUUGAACAUAAUCUGUAAGCUAGUUUACUCUUGCAAUACUUGGACCGGUAGAAAAUAUUUUCCUUUAACAUGUCCGAGCUGGACUCUGCUGCAUCCUCAAACCAACUGGUUUAAAAAGCUUUGUAUAAACACUACACAAACUGAACCCAGUUCAUUGGAUUGGCCACCGUCUAAGAAAACCAGUCAUGUCUCCAAACCAUGUUACACAAUGUGGAUCUCUGCUGCAGUGUAAAAAUAAACCAUAUUGAAUAUCCAGCUUUAUAUAUUAAAAUGUUACCUGCUUAAAGAGUUUAUACAAUUGUU